AUGGCGUGGCUAAGGGUCGUGGGGUGGUGUUGUUUCGCAGCCGGGACGGCGUGUGCUGAGUUGGCGCCGCCGAUCCUCGACAGCAGCGGCAGGCGCAAGUCGCCGUUCUACAUGUUCUCCAAGCCUGCGGAAAGUCGUCCUUCCUGCGUAUUCGGCGCGAAUCAUACAGCCUCACCGUCACGGGUUAACACGAGUGACAGGUUAAAACAACUCAGACAUCUCCUGAGCAAAGAAAACUUUCAAGGCUACAUAAUUCCAUCCGAAGAUGCUCACAAGAGUGAAUUUGUUCCGAAUCACUACAAGAGGAGGCAGUACAUUACCGGAUUCAGUGGAGACACCGGAACUGCCGUGGUUCUGAAAAAUUCUGCGGCCCUAUGGGUAGAAGGCCGGUACAUGCUUCAAGCUGAAGAACAGCUGGACUGCAACUGGGUCUUGAUGAACGGCGGCCAAACGGACGUGCCUGUCAUUGAGGAGUGGUUCAAAAGCAAUCUCCACGGCAGUUCAAAAGUGGCCAUCGACUCUAGAGUCGUGCCCUUUCAGGAGUACCGCAAAAUGGAGGAAAACCUGCAUCCUUUCGGAAUUGAGUUGGUUGGUGAGCCCCGAAAUCUGGUGGACGAGAUUUGGACUACUGCGGAAGGCAGACCAGCCGAGAGUAACGCCAGCAUCACUGUUCAUAACAUUGAAUUUGCUGGGGAGAGUUGGCAGGACAAGGUUCGUAAAGUGCGUGAAUUUCUCAAGAAGUCGGGCAUUGACGCCAUCUUCAUAACGGAUCUUGGAGAAAUUGCAUGGUUGUACAAUCUACGUGGAAAUGACGUGCCGUACACCCCAGUGUUCGAAGCCUUCGUGUUCUUAUCGCAAGACGAACAGAAACUUUACGUUAACGGUAAGAAAUUGACUUCUGAAGUUCGAAACUACCUCAUCACGGAGGAAUGCAACAACUGGGCAUGCGUGCAGUGGAAGAACUAUCGACUGGUUUAUAAUGAAAUGAAUGUCAAUGGGAACUCUGUGAACAGACUGUUAGUGUCGCCGUUCUGCAGUUAUGCUAUCUGUGGACACAUCGACGUCGACAAACUCGUCGUCAGUGAAGCACCCGUGAAAAUGAUGAUGACCGUGAAGAACAACAUCGAACUACGGGGUUUGAAAAACGCUCACCUGAAAGAUUCGAUAGUCUUCGUGAUCCUUCUAGCUCGCAUGGAAAAAGACUUCCUCGCCAACAAACCAUGGACCGAAGUAAAGAUUAUCCACGAGUUGGCCCGCCUGCGAAGUCAGCAGCACCACUACCGAGGUGAGAGCUUCAGCACGGUGGCCGCCGUUGGGCCUCACACAUCUAUGGUCAACUACGCCACCAGGACCAGGGACCCCGGUGUCGUGCUCAACGGCAGCGUGAUCCUCAUCGACUCCGGGGCUCAGUACCUGGACGGUACCACCGACAUCGCCAGGACAGUUUAUUAUGGAGUUCCGUCAAAAUACGAAAAGGAGAUUUACACGAGGGUCCUGAUCGGGAUGAUUGACCUGUUUCUCACGGUAUUUCCUGAAGGCACCAAAGACAUUUCUCUGGACGUUGUCGCACGGCGGUCACUCUGGAGCGUAGGACUAGACUUUCUUCACGGCGUCAGUCACGGACUGGGCUCUUACAUGUCGGCCCACGAACAUCCACCACUUAUAUCACCGCUUAGCAGAGGAUACCCUCUCCUGGCUGGUAUGGUCUUGUCGAAUGAGCCGGGUUUCUACGAAGAAGAUAAGUUUGGCAUAAGACUGGAGACAACCAUGGCAGUCAGCUCCUUUAACACCUCUUACAGAUUCAUGUCCCAGAGGUUCUGUCGGUUCGAGCCCAUCACGUUCGUGCCGUUUGAUGCCAACCUCAUUAGCUGGGAACUGCUGAGCAGAACACAGGUGGAGUGGCUGAACGACUACAACGCGCGUACCUUGGACAUGGUGGGCAGCGAGCUGAAGCGAAUGAAGAACUCCGAGGCGCUGACCUGGCUGCAGGCGAAGACGUUCAAGGUCGAGCUCAAGAACUCUUCUGGGCCCAUUCUACGCGUCUCGGGGCAUCACGGCAUGACACACCCGAAUGGUGCUGAUGGAGACCACUCAAAGUACCUGGAUCGAAAAUCGCACGGUGCAGGUUCCUCUGGCUGGAACUCGGCGCCAUCGAGCCUUCGACCGACGCGGACAUUGCUGGUGUGCGUGGCUGGUGCCACUCUUCACCUGGCUUCGAAGCUGUGCUUCUGCUACUAA